UUCUUUAUUUGAUCAGAGUUGCUUGGCAACACUGUGUAAACAUUUAUUCAGGUUAGAAUUUGGCAAUGGCUUUGGAUAGUGGUGCUUCUAUUGUUUGCCCUACACUUGCAGUUCGUUCCAAUUCUGGUGUGGAAGUAUGGUCGUGUGAAAAUUUGAGUUUACAAUAUGCGUAUAAACCAAAUCUUCCAAAAGAAGACAGCAAAAAUUGCCGAUCUAUUUCUUUUAGUGCAGAUGGCAGAUAUUUUGCUUAUUCAAAUGGAACCGAAAUUAAAGUUCUUAAAACCAACCAUUGGGCGAUUGAAUGCACACUGCCACGUCCAAAAGCCUUCUACCUCAAAUUUUCGCCGCUUGGAAAUUACUUAGCAACAUGGGAAUUAUAUACUGUUACCAAAGACAAGCCGGAAGGUUCAUCCAAUAUGUUCAUAUAUGAACUUAGUUCUGGGUUGGAAGUGUUUACUACUGUGCAGAAAAAUCCUACUGACUGGGAGCCGUCAUGGUCGUCUGACGAGUCACUUUUUGCCAUAGUUGUAGGUGGUGAAGCACUGUUUUAUGAGAUAUCAGGAGAUAUUACGAGUUUUCACCGCCAUACACGGAAAAUUGGUGGUAACAGAGGUGCGGUGGUAUCAUUGUCGCCAGGAGCUUGCCCUCCGUAUGUUGCAGUAUAUACACCCGGUAGUAAGGGAGGUCCAUCAAUGUGCAAGCUUUAUAAAUAUCCUACACUUUUACCUAACCAAGCAAUUGCAUGUAAAAGUUUUUUCCAAGCUGAUCGUGUUGAUUUACUUUGGAACAAACGUGGUUCCGGGAUUCUUCUAUUGACAUCUACAGAAGUUGAUAAAAGUGGAGCAUCAUAUUAUGGAAAUCAAUCAUUACAUUUUAUGGCGACGAAGGGAGAUUCUUGCUCGGUACCUUUAUCAAAAGAAGGACCUGUUCAUUGCGUUAAAUGGAGCCCAAAGGCAACUGAGUUUGUUGUGGUUUAUGGAUUUAUGCCUUCUAAGGCAGCACUUUACAACUUGAAAUGUGAUGUUAUUUUUGAUUUUGGAGAGGGUCCUCGGAAUUGUGCUUUUUUUAAUUCAUUCGGAAAUCUUCUAGCUUUAGCAGGUUUUGGUAAUUUACCGGGAAACGUGGAAAUAUGGGACAUUAAGAAAAAAGAAAACAUGACAAAUAUAAAAUGCCCUGAUACAACAUACUUUGAAUGGAACCCUAACGGAAUGUAUUUUAUUACAGCCACAACAGCUCCAAGACUUCGGAUAGGAAACGGGUUUAAGGUCUAUCACUAUUCAGGAUCAUUAGUGCAUGAAACUAUAUGGCCACAUGGACAAGAGCUUUUGGGAAUUGAAUGGCAAAAAUUUUCUGAAAAUCAAUUUGUGGAACCCGUGAUAACUAAGGUAAAACCCGAAGGAAUUAAAUCAAGUUUACCAGAAGCAAGUAAAAAAGCAUACACUCCCCCUCAUCUUCGAAUGAUUAAAGAGGGAAAAGACCCAGAACAAUUUAUGCCACGUUCACAAGUUAAAGUUAAUUCAACACAAACAGGUUUCCCAGUUGGCAGAAAAGGCGGUUUGAAAGCAAACAGGGUAAAAAAUAAAAAAGACAUGGUUGAUGGAAAUUAUGCGACGUCUACAACAAGUGCCGAAAAAGAUUUCAAAAGCGAAUCUAAUUUAAAUGAUGAGCAGCUGAAUAAUCAAAAUCGGAGAAUCAAAACAAAACAAACAUUAAACAAGGAAACAAAUGCAAACAGUCCAGAAGGUCAAACACAAGCAUCAAAAAAACCAAACUCGGAGAAAGAGAAAAAAAUUCGUCACGUCGCAAAAAAAUUGUCCGACAUUAAAAAACUGAAGUUGCGUCAAGAGCAAGGUGAAACCCUUGAGUUAAAUCAACUAAAUAAAAUUUCAAUGGAGGCUAAGUUCUUGGAAGAAUUAAAGGACUUAAAGCUAACCACAUCUGAAACCGACCACAUUUUUUAACUGCCACACAAUAUCCAUGCCGUUUAAAUUAUUUCAAAAUUAUUUAAGGUUUGCAAAUAUGUAAAUGGAAAAUUGGGAUUAAGCAUUAAUCUUUAUUUUGUAUUAACUUUUUGUAUGAUACUGUACAAAACAUAUUGUAUUUUUUCCAAAAACAAUAGAAACUUCUAUAUUCAUUGUAAACAGUUAUUAUUGACAAUAAAUUUAUGUUCGGUAUGCGACUUUAUUCUUCAAAAUAAGCUUUUGUACGUACAGUUGCACCGUGCAAUUCAUGCGCAACUACUUGUUUGACCGACUUCGAAAAUGUACUAUUGCAAACCACCACAAUUCAGUUUGAUUACAAUAUUUGUACAGUAUCUAUAUGCAACGUUAAACAACAUUGUAAACCGAUAAGAUAAAAAUGGAUAAAAUUAAGCCAAAAUUUCAACAUAUGGAGCAUAUCGUCACCUAAAAUGCAAGACCACCUAUCAUCUCAAAAUUCCAAAUUGAGGUUUUUCAUUGAUUACGAUUAACUACGUCAUAAUUUUUAUAUGUAUAAAAUAUAAGUAGUUUCUAUUUUAUACCGUUUUUCCUACUCCUGUAAAAAGUGAUCUUACGUUAUUUUACAUUUUAGACGACGAUAUGUAAAUGAUUAAUGCGUUUCAAAUUGCAAUAUCAUAAAGAUAAUUCUAUUUACUUGAAAAAUUUUAAGAAAAAAUAAAUUAAUACAAUAAAUAAUUAUGUUUUUAAAUUGGCCAGUCUUUGAGUUUCAGGUUGAAAUACAAAAUGAAAUUAACUGAAACAAUAAAAAAUAAUAAUUGACAAAAACAAAAGAGUAAAUCGUUCGAAUUACUUGUUAAUAGAGUGCACAAAGAAACUUCUUUAAUUUUUAAUAUUUAAUAAAAAAUCAAUAGUAUAAAGUA